AUGGGCAGAAAUUUGCUAAUGAGCAGCCUCGAAAAUGCCUCAUUCAACAUAUUACUACAAAUUUUAUUUAGAUGUAUAACCUUUAUUAUAAAUGCCUGGGUGAUUAGAAACGUGGGUUAUGAAGUUAUUGGCAUAAUGAAUGUUAGAUUGCUACUACUUGAAAGCACAAUACUGUUUCUGAGUAGAGAGCCAUUUCAUCGUGCUUGUAUUGGCCAGAGGGAUGAGCCGAGUUGGAAACAAAUUAUUAAUCAAAUCUGGCUGUCAGUUCCUUUAAGCUGUGUCUUAUCAUUGGUCUUUGUUUAUAUUUGGCUGUAUAUGUUACCCUUGGGACAUCCCGAACAUGCUAUUCAAUAUGAGUUUGGGUGUUGGAGUGUAGCAUUGUCUUGCAUUUUAGAGCUUUGUUCAGCUAACAUGGCCCUUGUUGCACAAUUAUUCUGUUUUGUUAAACUAAAGGUUAUUCUUGAUACAUUGCAUAUAUUUGUAAGGACAAUAUUAUUUCUGUCUAUAAUUUUGUAUGAUAGAUCAUUAGCUCUUGUAGCAUUUUCUGUGGCACAAGUAGGGAGCAUAGGAGUCAUUGUACUAGCAUAUUAUUGUUUCUUUUAUUGGUACAUAAAAUGUAAGCCACUUUUUGCCAAGGGUGCAUUGAAAAGUAGAUAUCUUCCUAAUAGUGUUUUAGAGAAACUGUACAGUAAUAUGGAUGACUUUAACUUUACUUCACUUAAGGACUUUCUGCCCAAGUAUUUAGGUUCAUUAAAUGCUACAUUUAAUAAAAAAUUAAACACUCUUACACUAAGUUUCGCUAAGCAAGGCGUGGUUAAGCAGUUGCUGACAGAGGGUGAAAAAUAUGUCAUGUCAAUCAGCCCAGUUAUGAGUUUCAGUGAACAGGCAACUUACGAUGUGGUAAAUAAUUUGGGAAGUUUAGCAGCCAGAUUUGUAUUCCGCCCUAUAGAAGAUAGUAGCUAUUUUUAUUUCACUCAAAUGGUGAACAGAGAUUUGCCACUGUAUAAGCAAGAUCAAAACAAAAUCCAAGAAUCCUGUAUAGUCCUGUCACAAAUUUGCAAGACUGUGAGCUCUAUUGGUUUGAUAGUUCUCGUUUUUGGUUUGAGUUAUUCUCAAACACUUUUAGUUUUGUAUGGUGGGGAAGCAUUUGUGGCGAGUGGUUUACCAGUGCAGUUGCUCCGGAGUCAUUGUUUCGCCAUUGUACUGAUGGCAAUCAAUGGCAUCACAGAAUGCUAUACAUUUGCAACAAUGACUAGUGCACAGUUGAACAGCUACAAUUAUUUGAUGGUAUUCUUUUCAAUAAGCUUUUUACUAUUAUCUUAUGGGUUGACAUACAUUUUAGGGCCUGUAGGUUUUAUUAUUUCCAAUUGCAUUAAUAUGAUCGCUAGAAUAUUGCAUAGCAUACAUUUUAUAAAUAAUAAAUGUAAAGACACUGACUACAGGCCAUUAAAUGGGCUUUAUGUUGGAAAAAUCUUCCUGUGCACAUUAUUUGUUGCUGGUUGCAUUUGCAAAAUAUCUGAAAAUAAAUUCUUUCGCCAUUCUGUUAUAACUCAUAUAGCCAUUGGGGCUGUUUGUUUGAUGUUCGUAUUGUUAUCUUGGGCUUAUGAGAAUAAGGCGCUUGUGAUAAAGACAUACAGAAAGUUUGUUGGUGGUAAAGAAGAGAAAAUAUCAACAGAUUAGCAUUCAUUUAUUAUUAGGCUUAUAUAAUUUAACUGUAACUAUAAUAAUAAUAUGUAAAUAAGAUAAAUCUAUUAAAUAUAAUUUAUUAUUAAUCAAAGAAUAUAACACAUGUUGUCCCUAAAAA